GCGAAUCUUUCAUUAUUUUCUCUUUCUUCAUCUUCAAGAGAGAGAGAGAGAGAGAGAGGGAAAAUCUAUAUUCUUGUAUGUAAGAUCAUUUGUUGUAUUAAAAACAACAACAACAAAAGAUCAUCUGUUGUCAAGAAUUAUAUUUGAAUCCAUAUUAUACUUGGAGGAAAAACUAAGUCAAUGGAGGAAAGUCUCCCAGCAGGAUUCAGAUUUCAUCCAACUGAUGAAGAGCUAAUUACACAUUAUCUAUCUCGGAAAGUCUUGGAUGUCGGAUUCACGGCUAAAGCUAUCGUCGACAUUGAUCUCAACAAGUCUGAACCUUGGGAUCUACCAGCAAAGGCUUCAAUGGGAGAGAAAGAGUGGUAUUUCUUUAACUUAAGGGACAGGAAAUACCCAACCGGGUUAAGGACGAAUCGGGCAACUGAAGCCGGUUAUUGGAAGACUACCGGUAAAGAUAAAGAGAUAUAUCGAACCGGGAUUUUAGUAGGGAUGAAGAAAACCCUUGUUUUCUACAAAGGAAGAGCUCCUAAGGGUGAGAAGAGUAAUUGGGUAAUGCAUGAAUAUAGGCUUGAGAACAAGCAACCCUUCAAACCCACCAAGGAGGAAUGGGUGGUAUGUCGUAUUUUCAAGAAAAACGUAGCAGCAAAGAAGCCACAACAAGAGCAACCACAAUCUUCUCAACCAUCUCUCGAUGAAUCUCAAUGCGAAGCAAAUUCAUCAAUAGCCAACAAUGAGUUUGGAGAUAUAGAACUUCCGAGUUUCUCAUCCGCAAAUUUCAUCGAUACUUAUCAUUCCAGUAAUAUCCAGUCGCAGAACGGUAAUUACUUAGCAGUGAACAUUAGCAGUAAUGCAUGUACCGGUCUUGUCGAUAUGAAUUUGAACAUGGCAGCUACUACUAGUACUCUCCCUUCGAUCUCCUCAUGGUCAACGAGUCUUCUAGGUCAGAAUCUAUCUCCCAUAGAUUCUUUGCUGCUCAAGGCUUUUCAUAUAAGGAACUCAUAUAGUUUCCUCUAAAGAAAUGCUUUCAAGUGCUGAUCAUUCGAGUUACGACCGCCGUUAUAUAUAAAUGGACUCUUCACGUUGUAGCUUUGAUUAAUAUAGUGAGUAAAAAGGAUUUCAGUUGGCUAAAUUCUAAUAUGCAAUAUUGCAAUCCUUCGUCGUAUAUUUAUGUUGUAUUAUAUAUUAACUUUUUAAUCUAUAAGUCUACUAGUCUGUAUAUAUGUUUAAUCAUUCUUUGGUUGUAGUCUUACAUAAAAGUUUUAAUUUCAUGACUCUGGAUUUGGAUACAACUUUAAUUUUUUUGUCGGUAG